UAGAACAUCCACCAUGGUUUCCUAGUUGGUCUUAUAAAAGACACCACACUCUCACCCUUCACAAUAAUAAUACAUCUUUGGCACAAACAAACACCCAUCUCCUCCGCCCCCAUUAUUCUCCACAACCACCAUGUUGGGGAAGAGGCCGCAGCCACUCAUCGGAAAAAUCUCCGAACUUUUCGUCUCCGGCGGCCGCGCCGCCGCACUCCUCGACGCCAUCGGAAGCCCAAGAAGCCCCUUUGACAUGAACUUAAAGAUGCAAUCCCCAAAGGGCCCUAAAAGCUACGACCUUGGUGGGGUUGGUCUAGGAAUUGUGGUGGCCCUUCAUAAAUCCGAGGAAUCACUUCCCGAAGUUCUUCCCAAACACGCCGUUUGCACUUCCAAUUUCAACCGACACCAAAUUCCCGUUGCAAGCUCCGAGGAUUACACCUAUGUCACUUACCAUGUUCCUAACAAAACCAUCACUAAGGUUUAUUAUGAUGGCGGUGACGGUCGAAUUCUAACACAAGGGUACUAUAAUAUUACCAAUAAUAACACCGCCAACAACGUUGUUGCUCAUGGACCGUCGUACCCCACAUCGGAUUUUCUCAGCUCGUGCCACUUGUGCCGAAAGAAUCUUAACGGCAAAGACAUAUACAUGUAUAGAGGGGAGAAAGCUUUUUGUAGUAACGAGUGUCGUUCAAGGCAGAUAAUGAAGGAUGAACGUAAAGAACGGUGUAGAUCAGAAGCUUCUAGGUCUGUGGAGUUGUCAAGUUCACCUUACACAAGGGAUCAUAUGUUCUCAACUGGGAUUGUGGCACUUUGACGUUUAGUUAAUUUAUGUUAUCAUACUUUGAGUUCACAUCAUAUAAGGUUAUUGUACCAUGUGAAUGAAAAUUAAGACCCCUUGGUGGUGUAUCCAUAGGAAAAAUUUUGAUCCGAGAUGUGGUAGAGGUUUUCAUGUAGCGAAUAAUACUAAUAAGAGCUUUUUUCUUCUCUUUUGUAUCUUACAGAGAAUUAUAAAUUUUGGAUCUCAAUUGCACAGAUUUAAUUUGUUCUGGUUC